UAAAAAAGCAUUUGGGCCUAGAAAGUGCGUGGUUGAAGAAUGAGCGUGUAGAUUCCACUUCCAGUUUGAAUUGAAUAAGAAGAAAAAGAGAAGUAAAGGAAGAAGCAGAAACAAAGCAAUAGAUAUGAGAAUCGUUCGUAAAGACUUGGUUCGCAAUGGACCUGGAAGCGUUAAGAUGGUUCCAGUGGAUUCCGAUGAUCUAUGGUAUGUAUAUAACUUGAUAGCUCCUGGAGAUUCAAUCAUGGCCGUUACUAUCAGGAAGGUUCUUAGAGAAGCAGCUAAUGGUGGAAGAGAUGCAGAACGUGUUAAGCUCAAAUUGGAAAUUAUAGUUGAAGAUGGUGUGGAUUAUGACAAAGAAGGUUCUGUUUUACGUGUUCGCGGGAAGAAUAUUCUAGAGAAUGAACAUGUCAAGAUAGGAGCAUUUCAUACGUUAGAACUCGAGCUACAGAGACCUUUUGUUCUAAGAAAGGAUGUCUGGGAUUCUUAUGCAUUGGAGGUACUCCAGCAGGCCUCUGAUCCUGGUGCAAGUGCUGAUCUAGCUGUGGUGUUGAUGCAAGAAGGAUUAGCCCAUAUCCUCCUUAUUGGUAAAAGUAUGACUGCUACUCGUUCACGGAUAGAAACUUCAAUUCCUCGCAAGCAUGGGCCUGCUAUUGCUGGUUAUGAGAGAGCUUUGAAUAAGUUCUUCGAGAAUGUUUUGCAGGCAUUCUUGAGACAUAUAGAUUUCAGCGUGGUUCGAUGUGCUGUAAUUGCAAGCCCUGGAUUUACAAAAGAUCAGUUUCAUCGUCACUUAUUUUUGGAGGCAGAAAGAAAACAGCUGCGACCUAUUAUUGAAAACAAGUCACGCAUCAUUCUCGUGCACGCAAGCUCAGGAUACAAGCAUAGUUUAAAAGAGGUUCUGGAUGCUCCAAAUGUUAUGAGUGUGAUAAAAGAUACUAAGGCAGCUCAAGAGGUCCGAAUUCUGAAGGAAUUCUACGACAUGCUUUCAAAUGAUUCAGCACGUGCUUGUUAUGGAGCAAAACAUGUUGAGGUGGCCAAUGAACGACUAGCUGUGCAAACGCUUCUCAUAUCAGAUGCUCUCUUCAGGAAUGCAGAUAUAGCAACAAGGAAAAAGUUUGUUAACUUGGUCAAUUCAGUUAAGGAUUCUGGAGGUUCUGUCCAUGUAUUUUCGUCCAUGCAUGUCUCUGGAGAACAGCUAACACAGAUAAGUGGCAUUGCUGCAAUACUUCGGUUUCCUCUCCCUGAUCUCGAAGACAUUGAGAUGUAAUGUACGAUGUUGGUGUUGGCACUCAUCUUUUGUAAUACUAUUCUUAAAUACACACCUGACGUUGCAACAAUCCCUGGGGAUGCCUUGGCUAGCGGCUUUCGGAGUUUGCUAUAUACGAUGAACCAAGGACGGGGGAAUUUUUGUACUAUAAAAUAUAAAGCAAGCAAUGCUAACUAAUAGUUGCAAGUUAUAUUCGAUGCAUUUUGUGCUCCUUGGCAUUUAUGUAAAAAAAAAAAUGAUACCUUCAAAUUCCCAUCACCAUUAAUUGAUAUACUUGUAAUAGGAUUGAUAAUUCUUGUGCUCCUUGUAUUUUAGUAUGUUUAUUAAAACAAUUAUACAAGUUUUACUGUA